AUGGCAAAAGAAGACCUCGUCCCUAUUCCCGAGCCUCGUGGCCUUCCACUUAUAGGGAACAUACUUGAAAUUGAUCCCGAAUUCGCACUCGGAUCCUUCGUUCGCUUGGCACAGACUUAUGGCCCCAUCUUCAGACUGCAGACACCAAACGGACCUCGAGUCUUUGUGAGCAGCCAGGCGUUCGUGAAUGAAGUUUGCGAUGAGAGCAGGUUCAUGAAGAAAGUCACGGCUGCACUGCAACAAGUACGCAAUGGAACGCACGACGGCUUGUUCACAGCCUACGGCCCGCAAGAAAAGAACUGGGGUAUCGCACACCGCGUGCUCAUAUCCGCGUUCGGGCCAAUCUCGAUCCGCGGCAUGUUUGACGAGAUGUACGAUAUUGCCAGCCAACUCGUUUUCAAGUGGGCAAGAUAUGGACCGAACACGGCGAUCGAGGUGGCAGAGGACUUUACCCGGCUUACACUGGACACACUCGCUCUUUGCGCCAUGGACUAUCGGUUCAAUUCGUUCUACUCGCCCGAGAUGCACCCGUUCAUCGAAGCCAUGGGCAGCUUUCUCUCCGAAUGCGGCAGACGCGAUCAGAGGCCGGCGUUGAUCCAAUCCUUGAUGUGGAAGACGCAAGCACAAUACGAUGCGGAUAUCUCGGUUCUACAAAAGACGGGUCAACAAGUUAUCGACACGCGGCGGGCCAAUCCAACAAGCAAAAUGGAUUUCCUCAACGCCAUGCUGAACGGGAAGGAUCCGAAAACCGGGGAAGGGCUGAGCGACGACAACAUUAUCGCCAACAUGAUCACCUUCCUCAUCGCUGGCCACGAGACUACAUCGGGAACGCUUUCUUUCCUGUUCUACUAUCUCCUCAAAGAUCCACAAGCGUACCAGAAGGCGCAGAAAGAAGUCGACGAUGUCAUUGGCCGGGAGCCCAUCAACGUCGGCCACCUGUCCAAGCUCCCCUACAUCACCGCUCUCCUCCGCGAGACGCUUCGCCUCCAGUCACCGGCACCCCUCUUCACGCUCAGCUCGGAGGACUCGCCGCAGAUACUGCAAGGUAAAUAUCGUGUUGACGCAGGCGAGCCAAUUGCCGUUCUACUUCAUCAGCUGCAUCGUGAUCCGAAGGUGUGGGGCGAUGAUGCAGAAGAGUUCAGGCCGGAGAGGAUGACGGAUGGCAAUUUCGACCGCAUUACGACCGAGUAUCCAAACUGUUGGAAGCCUUUCGGAAACGGGAUGCGGGCGUGCAUCGGAAGGCCGUUUGCCUGGCAAGAAGCUCUUUUGGUCAUCGCAUUGCUCCUUCAAAACUUCAACUUCGUAGCCGCGGACCCGAGCUACAAUCUGGAAGUGAAGCAGACACUCACCAUCAAGCCGAAAGACUUCCGCAUGCGUGCUAUAAUCCGCCACGGCCUGAGCCCCACGCAGCUCGAGCGGCAUCUGGGCAGCGGUUCCGCUCCCGUUGACGCCCCAAAAGCUGGACUCGAAGCUGCAAAAUCAAACGGCAGUUCCGACUCGGCAAGCGGCGUCCCCCUUUCCAUCUUCUUCGGCUCGAACAUGGGCACCUGCGAAGCUCUCGCACACCGGCUCGCCAACGACGCCGCCGCCCACGGAUUCAAGGUGGUGGGCGUCGAUCACUUGGACUCUGCGCGCGAGAAGCUGCCGAAGGACCAUGCCGUCGCCAUCGUGCUCGCCUCGUACGAAGGCCAGCCGGCAGACAACGCGGCGCAUUUCGUCACCUGGUUGCAAGGCCUUACUGGAAACGAGUUGGAAGGAGUGAGGUAUUCAGUGUUCGGAUGCGGCCACAGUGACUGGGCGCGAACGUUCCACAGAAUCCCAAAACUGGUGGACCGGACGCUGGAAGAGCGCGGUGCACGUCGCCUGGCGCCGCUGGGCGUGACAGAUCAAGCAUCGACUGACACCUUCACCGACUUCGAGAGCUGGACCGACGACGUCUUCUGGAAAGCCAUGGAGCAAGAAUUCGCCGUCACCAACAAAUCCAAACACCAAGAACAAAUGCAAGUCCAAGUCUCGGCACCACGCCCAGCCUUCCUCAAGCAAGACGUCACGCCCGCCCGCGUAACCGCAUCCACCGCCCUCACCCCCUCCGACUCGGGCCCCGUCAAACGCCACCUCGAACUCGAACUACCCCCCAACCUCACCUACACCUGCGGCGACUACCUCGUCGUCCUCCCGCUCAACCCCAAAGAAACCACCGCCCGCGCCCUGCGCUACUUCGGCCUCACCCCCGACAGCGUCCUCACCCUCUCCAUCGCGGGGCCGACCAACCUGCCAACCGACACGCCGCUCUCCGCCGCCGACCUCUUCGGCGGCUACGUCGAGCUCGGGCAGCCCGCGUCGAAGAAAGCGGUCUCGACGCUCGCGAGCCUGGCCGACGCCGCCGACCCAGCCUCCCCCGCCGCCACCGCCCUCGCCCACCUCGCCAGCGAACAGUUCGACGCCGCCAUCACCGCCACCCGCACCACCGUCCUCGACCUCCUCGAGCGCUUCCACCCCGCCCUCUCCCUCCCCCUCGCCCACUUCCUCGCGCUGCACCCGCCCAUGCGCACAAGGCAGUACAGCAUCUCGUCGUCGCCCCUCGCCGCGGGCGGCCCGUCAACAGCGACGCUCACCUACGCCGUCCUCGACGAGCCCUCGCACGCCAACCCCAGCCGCCGCCACAUCGGCGCCGCGUCGACCUACCUGGCCAGCCUGGCGCCCGGCGACGCGCUCAGCGUGUCGGUGCGGCGGGCGCUGCCGGCGUUCCGGUUGCCUGCUGAUCCGGCCGCGACGCCGGUUGUGAUGGUGGCGGCGGGGGCGGGGUUGGCGCCGUUUAGGGGGUUUGUGCAGGAACGAGCUGAGCUGGCGAAGGCAGGAGGGAAGAAGACGAAGCUCGCGCCCGCGUUGCUGUUUUUCGGGUGCAGGGGGCAGGGGGAUGAUUUGUAUAGGGGCGAGUUUGAUGAGUGGGAGCGGCAGGGCGUGGUGAGGGUUUUUAGGGCGUAUAGUCGGGAGGCCAGGGAGAGGGAUGCGGAGGGGUGUAAGUAUGUGCAGGACCGUGUGUGGCGGGAGAGGGCGGUGGUGAGGGAGUUGUGGGAGAGGGGGGCGAAGCUGUAUGUGUGUGGGCGGGGGGUGAUUGGGCAGGAGGUGGGGAGGGUGAUGAGGAGGGUGUUUGUGGAGGCGGGGGUGUGUAAGACGGAUGAGGAGGCAGAGAAGUGGUGGGAGGGGUUGAGGAACGAGAGGGUUGCGGUGGAUACGUUUGCUUGA